AUGAAUGAAUUAUUAGUUUACCAAAAAUGGGAUCAUUGUUUAGUAUACAUCGAUGACGUCAUUAUUUUUUCCAAGUCAUUUCAACAACAUUUAGAACAAUUGAAUGACAGUUUAGCAGUCUUAAACAAGGCAAAUUUUACAUUGAACUCUCCUAAAUGUUCGUUAUUUCAAACCACUAUAAAUUAUUUGGGGCACACCAUUCACAACAAUGGCAUUACAUCGUUGAUGAAUACGAUCAAGGCUCUUGUUGAGUUGAGUUAUCAACGCCCAAAUCUAUCAAAGAUGUCGAUGCUUGGCACUACAUCUGACGACGAUGAGGAACACACUGCUGAAGUCAAUGUCCUCACACGAUCAGCAGCUCGAGCCCGGACGACAAACGACGAUAAGCGCAUUACCACCACAACAGACACACAUCCUAAUCCAGGAACAAAUAAAAAGUCUCGGCAGCUUCGUCCAAGAAAUAAGACAUUAAACUGCCAGGUGUCAAACAAUUUAGUAUCCGCACAAUCAUCAACAAUGAAACAACAAUCGUCGAGCAAUCCUGCUCCAUCAUGA